ACAAAGAUUCUUGACAUCUGUUGGAACUUGUUCUGAAGUGCUUGUACUCUCAUGCAAAAUCACAUUUCCUGGCUUUCUAUGUCGUUCUAGAGCUGUGUGCGAACGCCAAUACACGAGAAUAUAUUUUCUUUACAUGUAGUUGAAGCCUUAAGAGAAAUGGGGAACCUUAUUAGUCAUCUAAUGGGUUCCCAUGUCAUGGGCUCAGGAGGGAGCAAGCGGAAGGUUGAGGACUUGGAAAGUGAGGAUGAAGAUGCAACAGAUUUCGAUUCUCUUCUCCACACUCCCAAAAGAAGAAGAUUAAACUCAACAUCGCAGUACAUCUACAAGACGCUGUUUGAAGAGGGAUGCGCAUCAGAUGUGACUGUCGUGGCCCUGGGGAGAGAAUGGCAUCUACACAAAGUUUAUUUAUGUCAGAGUCCUUAUUUUGGGAGCAUGUUCUCAGGCAACUGGACUGAGACAAACCAGUCCAAAAUCAACAUUGAGAUCCUGGAUGAUAAUAUAAAUAUUGAUGCCCUACACCUUGCCUUGGGGCAGUUUUACAAGGACGACAUCGUGGUGGAGCCAGCACAAGUGAUUCCUUUGUUAGCGACAGCACUGCUUCUACAGAUGGACCCUCUGAUCGACCAGUGCACCUCAAUCAUGAUGGAGACUAUUAAUCUACAGACUGUCCUCCAGUACCACGAAGCAGCACGGAGGUAUGGGGUUUUAGAAGUGGACAAGGCGUGCAAGCAGUGGCUUCUACAUAACCUAUUGACACAGGUGACUGAACACCCUGCCACGCUGAGACACAUCCCCUCAGACCUCAUGACGGAACUUCUCACUUCCCCCCACCUGUACGUGAUGCAGACAGAAUUCAGCGUGUACGUCAUGCUCAAGGCAUGGGUGUUUUUGCGACUGAACCCCAGCUGGGAUGGGUCGCAUGAGACAGCUUUUCUCGAAGCCCACAAGCACUUUAGGAACAGGGCAGAGCGCGGCUGGUUCCUGGAAGAGGAAGGGCGUGAAUUCUCUCCCGUGUUUUCUUCCCUGCGCCUCGUCUACCUGAUCUACCACCACCUGGAUGUGGAGAUGCUCUAUUCAGACCGCAUCCUACCCCCCUCGUGGCUGACCCCUGCCAGCAUGCACCAGUGGUACAAUAUGUUGCGCAUUGACCAGGGCAAGGACAGAGGGCCAAGUGAGAUAUCAGAGGAAGAGUUUGACCGGUCUUGCACACGUUGCGGCCGGGUGCUGGGGAAUUCAGGACAACACAUAUGGCGAUGGACGGGCUACAACUUCGGAUUGGACCUGGUCAUGACUCAUGACGGGGCCUCACUGCGCCUUAAGAGGAAUCACCGAACUGAGAACAUUGCCAGUAUUGCCCAACCUGCGAGAAGGAAUAUCAUGUAUAGAGUGACAGUAGCCUCCCUGGAUGACCAGAAACAAGUAGUUUACACAAAAUCUACAGGAGUGCAGUCAGUCUCUCUUGCAAAAAAUGAGGAGAUCCGUGUAAUGGUGCUAGAUCCAGACGUCAAGUACCCGCUCCUCCUCAGUGCCAACUUUCUCAUCACAACCAACCACUCCCUGAUCACCAGCCACCCUGGAAGCUCAUCGGGGACCUCUACCUCCCCCUCUGCCAUCGCCUCUGCCUCUAAUCUGUCCGCCCGAGCACCUGGCCAGCCCUCAAGAGAAUGACUGCCGUUCUUUGUCAGCCGGGACUUCUAUAGCACUGACUGAUCUCCCAGGAUGAAUGAUGUCCAUGGAUGAUUGAUUUCGGUUGAUGAUUUCCAUUGCUGACUUCAUUUGUUGAAUUUUGGUGGCUAAUUGAUAUUCUAAUGUUAAUUUUAGCAGAUAUUAAUAAUCCAUGGAUGAUUUCAACAGAGGGUUGGUUUUGUAUAGUUGAUUACAGUGACUAAAUUCUGUUGCUGAUUCCUGUAGCUGUGUUCCCAACACUCCACUUCAUCUAACAUUUUAUAUUUCUCAUCUCAUUAAGUCGUAACCCUGUUGUAAGAGGUUCUUCAUACCGUUCAGAUCUCGGAAAAACAUUUUUGUUUUUGAUGUGUGCUUGCCUCGCCCCUAUCUCUCUUUAUUGUUUUUCUUCUUCUUUAUGUUUGCUAUUUUUAUUCAGGACUAAUAUACAUUCCAAAAGAUCUUGGAAUUAUGAUUUUUUAAUGUCUACAAUGUGUCUGCAACAUUGUCUUUUUGUCUUAUGUUAUUGAAUGAGAGGCAGGCGCAUUAUCUCAGAGUAAUAGGACAAUACAGAGCUUUAAAACAAAUGUUUUUGUAAAUAUUCUCUUGUUGAUAUCAUAGUUUGUAAGCAGUAUGGUGCAGAAUUGCUGAUCUCUGAGAGGAAUCAGCCUUUUUUGAGUAUUUAGGAAAAAUGUCAUAUUCCGAUCAACUGUAUUUACUAUAUUAUUUUUUUUAUGAAGGGAAAAUUACAUGUAUUAGCUUACUCCAUCUUGUUAUGUUUGAUUUAAAUAUGUAUCUUUUAAGAUAGAAGAUAUUCUAACAACAAUUUACCCUUUUUUCAGUGAAAUAGAGAUGGAAGACCAAGAAGAAAAAAUAUGUAUAUUGGAUUUUUUUUUUUUUUUUUUUUUUUCUUUUCUUUUUUUUUUUAAGAUGAGACAAAGCUCAUGAUAUCUGUGUGUUAAGUUGCAGAUGUAAAUGUUAUUGUAAAUGUUACUGUGCUUGAGCAUUAGGGUGCAAACACAAGCUUUUUCCAGCUAUGCCUGAUGAGAAUGCGAGUAGUGGUGGGAACUCAAAAAGGUUUAGUAGGGACAGAAAGGGAAUGCUGAAUUCUCUCAUGAAUGCCUUUUUUUCAUGACAUAUUUUCCGUCUUUCUUCCAAUUAUGGAAUUGCCCAUUAGGCUUGCUACGUGUAAUAAAUUAUCAGUUGCCUUCUCACCCACAACUGCUGCAAUAGUUUGUUUAAAAAACAGGAGUUCAGAGAGAACUUAGGGAGAGAAAACAUGUUCUUGUAAAAGACGCAAAGAGUAUUUUUUAUAAAUUUCCGUACUUGGUGAUAAGCAACAGAACUGAAAUUAAUUUAUUAAUUUGCUUUAUAAAACCAAUUUUUUAAGUUACAGCUCUUCUUAACCUUCAAGGGAAGCUCAAAUGAAAAGAGAGAAUGCGAGAAGAACUCAGAAAUUGCAAAAUGUAAAUUUCUUUAAAGCCCACAGUUACUUCCCCUAAUUUUUCUCCAUUCCUCUUCCCAUCCUUCUCCUCUGCUCUCCUCUCCUAGUUGCUUUCUGCCAGGGUAUUAUUUAUUGUGCAGGUGAUAUUUCCAUUGCAUUUAUGGGAUAGAUGGAAUGAAUGGUGCCUGUUUGGUUGCAAGUAAGGCAAAUUUUCCACAAUGCUAGUAACAGUUUCUUGAUUUCAGUUGUCUCUAAAAGAGAUUACAAAAGGCAGGUCACAGGUCGUCUAUAUAAAUCUAAGUGCAUAUCUAAAGUUCUCUAAAAGGUAGACUUAAUUGCCCUAACAUUUUAGCAAGACUUCAAUACAAAGGAAUUACACAUAGAUGCCAGGUUUGAUAGUUUCUCCGUGCUUAUUCCAAACAACCUGAACAGGAAACAGCCCUCCUUUCAGUGGGUUGUUUCAGUCAUUUCGUGGUUCUGCUUAACCGUUUAGUCAUGUGGUUAUUUGGCCACUCAGUUCAACUGGUUAUUCAGUUGUUUGUUCUCUCACUUAGGCAACUUGGGGGAAAAAAGAGUUAAAUGACAUGAAAGGUUUAGAGUACACAUCCUCAUCAUCUGAUUUCUCUUCAGGUUUGAGAUUGAACCCUCCUACGGACAAGCUUUCCAAAGAGCUGUGAUCCUAAUGUUACUUAAAGCAGAAGGAUUAGUUUGAGGCAGAUAGAUCCCCAACAGUGUAUUUUUGUCAUUUCUUGGCCUUCAAGGCAUUUAAUCUUUGCCAUAAGCAGAUGUAAAAAUGUAUAUCUGCAAGGAAAUAUUAUUCUCAGGACAAGAAAAAUGUUCAAAUGGUUACAGGAAAAUGGAAAAAGGAUCUUGCAUUUGCUUGAGAGUCUCGUUGCAAAUAUUUUUCUUUUUUCAAUAAUAUUAAUAUUCCAGACCUUCUCCCGCAAAUAUAUUGUAAACAAGAAAUCUUUAGUUUGUUAUUUUUCUAGUGUCCAGUUUAGGUGCACAUCACAAAAGAAAAAGUUAAAAAAAAAAAGAAAAAAAAAAGGUUAAAAUCAUACUGUAGGCAUGAACAGGAAGAAUCUUUUUCCGUCGUUCAAACCACUCACUGCCAUUAAUACAUUAAUAGAUUUAUUACAUUUGAUAAGAUGUUUGUAUGAUAUGAGUGAAUGUUUUUAGAGCCUGUUGUUUUGUAUGUUUGUUUGCUUGUUUGUUUUGUGCAUGUUUUGAACAAGUUUUGUUUAAAUUCAUGAAAUUGUGAUAUCUUUAAACCUCGUUCUCUCUGCUUUUGUCCUUGUCUUUUCUCUCUCUCUCUCUCUCUCUCUCUCUCUCUCUCUCUCUCUCUCUCUC